CAUACAAUAGGAUUUUCUCGCAAUGUAACCACAAAAGUUGUAGAUCUACAACUUUUGCAUCUAUGCAAAUUGUUCGAAGUUGAUUGCACAAAAACAAUGAUUAUCUAGGCUCAUUGUGCAGACAACUUUAAAAUGAAGCCUUUAUUGGUGACAAUGUACAUAAGCCUUCUGGCCGAAAAGGCAUUCGAAUUACUAUUAAAUAUUAUACGAGGCUGCUUUCACUUUAAAUCGAUGUCUGGUUCAGAUGUUACUAUACGGCCAACAAAAAUGGCGACAAAGCCAUACCACAUUAUCAACUGAGCAUAUUUUAAGAGACAUCUAAGUACGUUAUAAACUCAAACUGCAUAAAUCUUCUUGAAACAUUAUGUCAAGCUACCGUGGGCGGUGGGACACUGAGAUUGUAUCGGACGAGGAAAUUAUAAUUGAGUUAUCAGUAAUUCUCUACAUAUUUAUAUUAGAGUUACUAACCACGGUUAACUGAAACCCUUUCUAUAGCGCGGCGCUCAUAACGAACAGCCAAGUUAAAAUUAAUUGAAACAAUUUUUUUUAAAUUGAAUCAAUUAAUUUGUCGCAGCGUGUUCAAUUCUAUUCAAUUCUACCAAUGCAAUGAUAAAUUGUCAAGCAUGUUUAGAAUGAUAAAGUGUCAAAUAAUAUUGGUUAUUAACGACACUUAUCGUGCGUGUAAUCAAAUCAUUUGCGGGACCAAAUUCAAGGCUACCAGUAUAUAGUUUAGCCUAAACUCACUGGUAACAAGUGAUUAAGCAUAUUACACGUAUGCAUGCAAAGUAAUGGAAGAGAAUACUGUCAAAAAGUUGAAAAGAAUGGACUUGGAGGCUGAAGCCUUGAUAGCCCAACAGGGUUCGAUUGCUGCCGGCGAUUUUGUCCGACAAAACGUAGCCAACAAUUCAAGCCGACCCCAGUACAAAGACCUACCUGACAUUGACGAGGACGCGGAAUAUUGGAAGUACAUCAUGCGCCGAGAGAUGCAAGAGGUCAUCCCAGGCCUCUAUUUGGGUCCUUAUGCUGCGGCGUCUAAAUCGAAAUUGUCUCAUUUGAAGGAAUGCGGAAUAACGCAUAUUGUUUGCAUUCGACAUUUGGUUGAACGCAAUGUGAUUCGUCCGAUGCACGAUGGACACUUUGUCUACUUGGUUCUGGAAAUGGGGGAAGACAGCAACGUCUCCCUAAUUCCCUACUGCAACCGUGUAAUCAAAUUCAUUGACGGUUGCUUUGAAGCUGGAGGAAAGAUUUUGAUUCACUCAAACUCAGGUAUAAAUAGGUCGGCAGCUUUGGUUGCGGGGUAUAUUAUGGCCACGUACGGCGUUAGUGUCCGAAAAGCCCUCGCAUUUGUACAGAAGAAGCGAUUUGCGGCGAAUCCCAACGGCUGGUUCAUUGAGCAAUUGAAGGAGUAUGAAGCAGUUUGUCAAGCUAUGCAUGUGGAACACCCACUUCCUCAAGAUGGUGAAACGUCAAGACCACCAGCACGAAAGCGAAAAAUGGUUGAUAUUUCUGACGACAAUGUCAAAUUUGAUGACAAUGGAAACGUCGACAUGAAUUAGUAACGAGUAUUUGUAUCACGGUCAACUAUUGUUACAAAUCAUUAACAUAUCCUAAAUUAUUUUACAUUGAAAAUUUCUACCUUGUCAAACCUGUCUCCAAAAUAAAAUAGUCCUCAGUACAUUGUAAUUAA